UUGUACUCCGCCUGAUCAUUGACACUUGGUGUUUGUCAACGACCAACUAAGGGCACUAAGGAAAGUGAACUGGAUACGCCCUAUUUUCGAGCCGCACUAUCCCAACGAAUAUUCGUCAAGGCGGCGCCUUCUCAAAGAUUCAUCCAAACAACUACAGCUCACCGAAUCUGUGAACCGCGUUUGCGCUGCACUUUUACAAUAUCGCCGACACUUACUCCCUUAACCAGGUAACUCGAUUUCCAGCGCUAGAUACUUCAAAAUGGUGUCCAAAACUUUCUCUACCCUCGCUUUCCUGAGCGCCGUCACCGAUGUGUCGGCUUUCUGGCGCAUGGAAUGUCGAGGCCGCACGGGUCUAGCUCGUAUUGACCCUAUCAUGGAUCUGGGCAAGCUAUCACCUCAUAUUCACACUGUUCAUGGCUCGUCUGGUUUCAAUCUUGCCGCAACCUACGAUGACCUGACCGGUGGCAACUGCACUUCUUGUGCUGUAUCGCAAGACAAGUCCGCUUAUUGGACUCCUGCCCUUUACUUCCAGGACACUUCGACGAACGAGUUUGAGAUUGUCCCACAGGUCGGUGGCAUGUUAGCUUACUAUCUCUUGCGUGGAGACAAUGUGACCGCCUUUCCGGCUGGAUUCAAGAUGGUUGCUGGCAGCAAUUAUCGCCGAUCAUACACUGUCGGCGAUCCUAAAUCCCCUGACCCCCCUCAAUCCAACUGGGCUGCUCUCAAGCAAACUAGCCAGGAUGACCUGGAGCAACGAGCUCUCGGAUUUAACUGUCUUGACUACAGCAAGACACCUGAGGCCUCAUUGUACCGUCAUUACCUGCCAGAGAAGACUUAUCUUGACGGCAACUGCCCUGAUGGUCUUCGUCUUGAACUGAUGUUCCCUUCAUGCUGGAAUGGUCAGGCAACUGCGACGGAUCACAAGAGCCAUGUGGCGUAUCCUAGCUUGGUCGGUAAUGGAGACUGCCCGGAUACUCACCCACAACGCCUGGUCACGUUGUUCUAUGAAACUAUCUGGGAUACCAACGCGAAGCAGUUCCAGGGUCGACAAGGACAGUUUGUCGUCUCUAACGGCGACCCAACAGGAUUCGGCUACCACGGUGACUUCAUGACCGGUUGGAACCCCAACUUCUUGCAGGAAGCUAUUAACACCUGCACGAAUGACUCUGGCGAUAUUCGAGAUUGCCCUCUCUUUGUUAACCCAACCCCUAUCCAGAGCGAGGCACAGCAGAAUACUUGUGAGUUCGACAUGCCGCUCUCGUUGCUCUCUGAGGACGGCUCUGCACUCGACCUGAAGAAUCUCCCUGGUAACGUCGCGAUUCAAUCUGGUCCCCAGUCUGCUACCCCUGGAGCUGCCAACCCCAUCGAGUCUGCCAUUUCUGCUGCUACCAGUUGGCUCGGCGGUGUCUUUGGUGGUAGCUCGACGACAACAUCAAGUGUUGCACCUAUUACCUCUUCUAUCGCCACCACAUCUAGCACGAGCUCACUUAGUCUCCCCACUGGCGGAGCCUUCAUCGAGUCAGCGGCGACUUCAUCGUCUGCAGUUUUCAAUGCCCUUGGUGUGCCGGCUGCCGAAACAUCUUCAAGCGUUGUUUCGAGCUCGGCACCCCCUGCACCAACUUCGGCUCCGGUAGUUACUUCCCAGCCUGGUGUAUCCUACGAGAUUGUUAGCACCCAGACGGUAACAAAUGCUGGCCUAGUCGAAGAGAUAGUAUGGAUGGAGCCUGUGGUGUACGUAACCGAAGACUCUGUUACCACUGUGACGGUGGCGUCCGAGUCGGUAAUCUCCGCACGAAAGGUGCGCGAAAGACACUUAUAUCGACACCAGCAUCAUGCUCGACGAUCAUAAGUGAUCAACCAAUUCAUUCAUUUCUAUUCGUUUCGGUGGAAAUA